AGCCAGCGCUGUCGUUGGUCGGGAGCGAGAGAGGGAGGGAGAGAGACGGUGCGGAUUUCUGCAGCGCGAUCUUGCGUUCUCGUCCAGCCUCUGACUUCAGUCUUGGUCUCUUUGCGGUGACGAUUGCUCUGUCCCUUCGCUGGGCUUCAUGACUAGACGCUGAUGAGCAGGUGCACUCGCUGAAGCGUCAAGAUGACAUCAGUAGCCGCUGACUAUGACCACAUGGAGAUCCAGCAGCAAUACAGUGACGUCAACAACCGCUGGGAUGCCGACGAGUGGGACAACGAGAACAGCUCAGCCCGGCUGUUCGAGCGCUCGCGCAUCAAGGCCCUCGCAGAUGAGCGUGAGGCGGUGCAGAAGAAGACCUUCACCAAAUGGGUCAACUCCCACCUGUCGCGCAUGUCCUGCCGCAUCACCGACCUCUACAUGGACCUGAGGGAUGGACGCAUGCUCAUCAAGCUGCUGGAGGUGCUCUCCGGAGAGAGACUGCCGAAACCCACCAAAGGGCGCAUGCGGAUCCACUGCUUGGAGAACGUAGACAAGGCGCUGCAGUUCCUCAAGGAGCAGAAAGUUCACCUGGAGAACAUGGGCUCCCAUGACAUCGUCGACGGCAACCACAGGCUUACCCUCGGCCUCAUCUGGACCAUCAUCCUCCGAUUCCAGAUCCAGGACAUCAGUGUGGAGACAGAGGACAAUAAAGAGAAGAAGUCGGCCAAGGACGCCCUGCUGCUGUGGUGUCAGAUGAAGACUGCAGGAUAUCCCAAUGUCAACAUCCACAAUUUCACCACCAGCUGGAGAGAUGGCAUGGCCUUCAAUGCCCUCAUCCACAAACACAGGCCCGACCUGAUUGACUUUGACAAACUGAAGAAGUCCAACGCUCAUCACAAUCUGCAGAAUGCCUUCAACUUGGCUGAGCAGCACCUGGGUCUGACCAAACUGCUGGACCCAGAGGAUAUCAGUGUGGACCACCCUGAUGAGAAGUCCAUCAUCACUUACGUGGUCACGUACUACCACUACUUCUCCAAGAUGAAGGCCCUGAAGGUGGAAGGCAAACGUAUUGGAAAGGUGCUGGACAAUGCUAUCGAGACGGAGAAGAUGAUUGAGAAGUAUGAGUCUCUGGCCUCCGACCUGCUGGAGUGGAUCGAGCAGACAAUCAUUAUACUCAACAAUCGCAAGUUUGCCAACUCACUGGUGGGCGUCCAGCAGCAGCUGCAGGCCUUCAACACCUACCGCACCGUAGAGAAGCCUCCCAAGUUUACAGAGAAAGGCAACCUGGAAGUGCUUCUCUUCACUAUUCAAAGCAAGAUGCGAGCCAACAAUCAGAAAGUCUACAUGCCGCGAGAGGGCAAGCUCAUAUCAGACAUCAACAAGGCCUGGGAGCGUCUGGAGAAGGCGGAGCAUGAGCGUGAGCUGGCGCUGAGGACCGAGCUGAUUCGCCAGGAGAAGCUGGAGCAGCUCGCCCGCCGCUUCGACCGAAAGGCCGCCAUGAGGGAGACCUGGCUGAGCGAGAACCAGCGCCUAGUCUCACAGGACAACUUUGGCUUUGACCUGCAGGCGGUGGAGGCGGCCACGAAAAAGCACGAGGCCAUCGAGACGGACAUCGGGGCGUACGAGGAGCGCGUGCAGGCAGUGCUGUCGGUGGCCUCGGAGCUGGAGAAGGAGAGCUACCACGACAUCAAGCGAACGGCGCGCAAGGACAACGUGCUGCGCCUGUGGGAGUACCUGCUGGAGCUGCUCCGCUCACGCCGCCUCCGCCUGGAGCAGAACCUGGGCCUGCAGAGGGUCUUCCAGGAGAUGCUCCACAUCAUGGACUGGAUGGACGAGAUGAAGAUGCUGCUGCUGUCUCAGGACUAUGGGAAGCACCUGCUGGGCGUGGAGGAUCUGCUGCAGAAGCAUGCGCUGGUGGAGGCUGAUAUUAGCAUCCAGGCCGACCGAGUCAAGGCUGUCAACGCCACCGCACAGAAAUUCAUCACCGACAUGGAGGGCUACAAGCCGUGCGACCCGCAGGUGAUCCGGGACCGUGUGGCCCACAUGGAGUUCUGCUACCAGGAGCUGAACCAGCUGGCGGCCGAGCGGCGGGCCCGUCUGGAGGAGUCGAGGCGCCUGUGGAAGUUCUUCUGGGAGAUGGCCGAGGAGGAGGGCUGGGUCCGGGAGAAGGAGCAGAUCCUGUCGUCGGACGACUGCGGCAAGGACCUGACCGCCGUGGUGCGCCUGCUGAGCAAGCACAAGGCCCUGGAAGAUGAGAUGAGUGGCCGUGCCGGGCACUUGCAACAGACGGUCAAGCAGGGCCAGGAGCUGGUCGCCGCCGGGCAUUUCGGCUCAGACAAGAUCAGCGAGCGCAUCAACGACGUCCAGGAGCAGUGGGCCGCGCUGGAGCGCCUGGCUGCCGCCCGCAAGAACCACCUGCAGGAGGCCUACGGCAUGCACCAGUUCCAGGCGGACGCUGACGACAUAGACGCGUGGAUGCUGGACGUGCUGCGCAUCGUGUCCAGUGCCGACGUGGGCCACGACGAGUUCUCCACGCAGGCGCUCGUCAAGAAGCACAAGGACGUGGCCGAGGAGAUCGCCAGCUACCGGCCCGUGCUGGAAGCCCUACACGAGCAGGCCAAGGCGCUGCCGCCGUCGCAUGCCGACUCAGACGAGGUCAAGGGUCGUCUGGCGGGCAUCGAGGAACGCUACGGCGAGGUGGCCGAGCUGACGCGCUUGCGCAAGCAGGCCCUGCAGGAUGCGCUGGCCCUUUACAAGAUGUUUAGCGAGGUGGACGCGUGCGAGGUGUGGAUCGACGACAAGGAGCUGUGGCUCAACAGCAUGGAGAUCCCCGAGAGGCUGGAGGACCUGGAGGUGAUCCAACACAGGUUCGAGAGCCUGGAACCAGAGAUGAACAACCAGGCCUCUCGUGUGGCAGUGGUUAACCAGAUCGCCAGACAGCUCAUCCACAGUGGUCACCCGAGUGAGAAGGAGAUCAAGGCCCAGCAGGACAAACUCAACACCAGGUGGAGCCAGUUCCGAGACCUGGUGGACCAGAAGAAGGACUCGCUCAACUCAGCGCUGGGCGUGCAGAACUACCACCUGGAGUGCAACGAGACCAAGUCGUGGAUCCGCGAGAAGACCAAGGUCAUCGAGUCGACGCAGGACCUGGGCAACGACCUGGCGGGCGUGAUGGCGCUGCAGCGCAAGCUGACGGGCAUGGAGCGCGACCUGGCCGCCAUCGAGGACAAGCUGGGCGACCUGGGCAAGGAGGCCGAGCGGCUAUCGGCCGAGCACCCCGACCAGGCGCCGGGCAUCAAGGGGCGCCUGGGCGAGAUCAACGAGGUGUGGGACGAGAUGAAGGGCACGCUGCGCGCCCGCGAGGAGUCGCUCGGCGAGGCGUCCAAGCUGCAGGGCUUCCUACGCGACCUGGACGACUUCCAGGCGUGGCUGUCGCGCACGCAGACGGCCAUCGCGUCCGAGGACAUGCCCAACACCCUUGCCGAGGCUGAGAAGCUCCUGACGCAGCACGAGGGCAUCAAGAACGAGAUCCGCAACUACGAGGAGGACUACCAGAAGAUGCGCGACAUGGGCGAGAUGGUCACGCAGGGCCAGACGGACGCCCAGUACAUGUUCCUGCGGCAGCGGCUGCAGGCACUGGACACCGGCUGGAACGAGCUGCACAAGAUGUGGGAGAACCGUCAGAAGCUGCUGUCCCAGUCGCACGCCUACCAGCUCUUCCUCAGGGACACCAAGCAGGCCGAGGCCUUCCUCAACAACCAGGAGUAUGUGUUGGCCCAUACGGAGAUGCCCACCAUAUUGGAGGCGGCUGAGGGAGCCAUCAAGAAGCAGGAGGACUUCAUGACCACCAUGGACGCCAACGAGGAGAAGAUCAACGCCGUGGUGGAGACGGGACGGCGUCUGGUGAGCGAUGGCAACACCAGCGCUGACCGUAUCCAAGAGAAGGUGGACUCCAUCGACCAGAGGCACAAGAAGAACCGUGAGGCAGCCAGUGGGCUCCUGGCCAAACUGAAGGACAACACAGACCUCCAGAGGUUCCUGCAGGACUGCCAGGAGCUGUCUCUGUGGAUCAGUGAGAAGAUGCUCACGGCACAGGACAUGUCAUACGACGAGGCACGCAACCUGCACAGCAAGUGGCUCAAGCACCAGGCCUUCAUGGCUGAGCUGCAGUCCAACAAGGAGUGGCUGGACAAGAUCGAGAAGCGUCUCGUCUUCCGUCUACCCCCUUCCCCCACACCACCUUGGCGGCUGGUGCCCCAGAUGCUGGAGAGCCAGGUGGAGGUGCGCCAGAAGGAGGUGGGGGAGCUGCGCUCGCAAGCCCAGGCGCUGCGGCAGGAGGGCAAGGACUCGGACGAGGUGGACAGCCGGCGGUGCGGCGUGGAGCAGAAGUUCCAGGGCCUGCUGGACCCACUGCGCCAACGCAAGAGAAGCCUGAUGGCCUCACGCGAGAUCCACCAGUUCAACCGCGACGUGGAGGAUGAGAUUCUCUGGGUGGAGGAGAGAAUGCCUCUGGCUACGUCCACUGAUCAUGGACACAACUUACAGACCGUCCAGCUACUCAUCAAGAAGAACCAGACCCUCCAGAAGGAGAUCCAGGGCCAUCAACCGCGCUACGACGACAUCUUCGAGCGCAGCAAGAGCAUCGUGAAGGCGGACAGCCCCAACGGGGACGUGAUCCGGCAGCGGCUGUCCGACCUGCGGGGCCUGUGGGCGCAGAUCAUCGAGGAGACGGGUAAGCGGCACGGCCGUCUGGAGGAGGCACACAAAGCCCAGCAGUACUACUUUGACGCCGCCGAGGCCGAAGCCUGGAUGAGCGAGCAGGAGCUCUACAUGAUGUCCGAGGAGAAGGCCAAGGAUGAGCAGAGUUCCGUGGCCAUGCUGAAGAAGCACCAGAUUGUGGAGCAGGCGGUGGAGGAUUACGCCGAGACGGUGCACCAGCUCUCCCAGACCAGCAGGGCGCUGAUGGGCGCUGGGCAUCCGGAGAGUGAGCGGAUCAGCAUGCGGCAGUCGCAGGUGGAUAAGCUCUACGCCGGCCUCAAGGACCUGUCGGAGGAGCGGCGGGGCAAGCUGGACGAGAGGUCGCGGCUCUUCCAGCUCAACCGCGAGGUGGACGACUUGGAGCAGUGGAUCGCCGAGCGCGAGGUGGUGGCCGGCUCGCACGAGCUGGGCCAGGACUACGAGCACGUCACAAUGCUGCAGGAGCGCUUCCGGGAGUUCGCCCGCGACACGGGCAACAUCGGGCAGGAGCGCGUGGACGCCGUCAACCAGAUGGCGAAUGAGCUUAUCAACUCGGGCCACGCAGACGCGGCCACCAUUGCCGAGUGGAAGGACGGCCUGAACGAGGCCUGGGCCGACCUCCUGGAGCUGAUCGACACGCGCACGCAGAUCCUUGCUGCCUCCUACGAGCUGCACAAGUUCUACCAUGACGCCAAGGAGGUGCUGGGACGCAUCCUGGACAAACACAAGAAGCUUCCGGAAGAGCUCGGCCGCGACCAGAACACGGUUGAGACACUGCAGAGGAUGCACACGACCUUCGAGCACGACAUUCAGGCCCUAGGGACACAGGUGAAGCAGCUUCAGGAGGACGCGGUGCGGCUGCAGUCGGCAUACGCGGGUGACAAGGCAGAGGACAUCGCCCGGCGCGAGGGCGAGGUGCUGGAGGCCUGGCGCAGCCUGCUGGAGGCCAGCGAGGGCCGGCGCGUGCGUCUGCUGGACACCAGCGACAAGUUCCGCUUCUUCAGCAUGGUGCGCGACCUCAUGCUCUGGAUGGAGGAUGUCAUCCGCCUCAUCGACGCCCAGGAGAAGCCCAGGGAUGUGUCAUCCGUGGAGCUUCUGAUGAACAACCACCAGGGCAUCAAAGCUGAGAUCGACGCCCGUAAUGACAGCUUCACUACCUGCAUUGAGAUGGGCAAAGCCCUGCUUGCUCGCAAACACUACUCAUCAGAGGAGAUCAAAGAAAAGUUGCUACAGCUGACGGACAAGAGGAAAGAGAUGAUUGACAAGUGGGAAGAUAGAUGGGAGUGGCUGAGACUGGUGCUGGAGGUGCAUCAGUUCUCUCGUGACGCGGGGGUGGCGGAGGCCUGGCUGUACGGUCAGGAGCCGUACCUGUCCAGCCGCGAGAUGGGCCAAAGUGUGGACGAGGUCGAGAAGCUCAUCAAGCGCCACGAGGCCUUCGAGAAGUCCGCCGCCACCUGGGAGGAGCGCUUCGCCGCCCUCGAGAGAUUGACCACGAUGGAGUUAUUGGAAGUGAGAAGACAGCAAGAGGAAGAAGAGAGGAAAAGGCAGCCUCCACCUGUAGAGGUCCAGCCAGUAGAGGCAGAAGCAGCAGCAGCAGCAGCAGCAGCAGCAGCAUCCCCCCAGCAGAAGGAGGGUGAGCCGGCAUCUCAGAACGGGCUGCUGACGGAGCAGGACUCUCCCCGGGAGGCUGCGGGAGGAAGUGAUGUCGUUAAUGGAGUGGUGGAGCCCAGUCCGGGCCCGUCCCCCACGGCAAGCCGGAAGGCCAAACCCAGCCAGGCGGCCACUCUGCCGGCCAAGCCCCAGGAGACGGCCACCCAGAUGGAGGGCUUCCUGCACCGCAAGCAUGAGUGGGAGGGCCACAACAAGAAAGCCUCAAACAGGUCCUGGCACAACGUGUACUGUGUGAUAAACAAUCAGGAGAUGGGCUUCUAUAAGGACAGCAGGAGCGCCAGCCAGGGCAUCCCUUACCACAGCGAGAUGCCUAUCCGCCUGAGGGAUGCUACGUGCGAGGUGGCUGUGGACUACAAGAAAAAGAAACACGUCUUCAAACUCAAAAUUUGUGAUGGGAACGAGUAUCUCUUCCAAGCCAAAGAUGAUGAGGAGAUGAAUUCCUGGAUCCAGGCGAUCUCUACCGCCACACCCUCGGACCGCUCCGAGGUAGCCCCCAGCAGCCACAGCACCCCUGCGUCCAGCCGCGCUCACACCCUGCCCGCCACCGUCAACCCCGUCGCAGAGUCCAGCCCCGGCAAGCGCGAGAAGGACAAGGAGAAGCGCUUCAGUCUCUUCAGCAAGAAGAAGUAGAAAUGUUUGAGAAGCUUCCUGACGACGACGGCAGCCAUUUUGUUCUCCUCUUCCUCCUCCUCCUCCUCCUCCUCCUCGUUUUCUGAAAUGAGAGAAGAAGAAAAAAAAACCAUACAAACAAAAACAAAAAAUGAUAUUGCGAGACUCCAGCAUGCAAGCUCAGAGCCAAAACUCCACACUCGGUGCCUAAUGACCCUCGGGCGGGGUCGGAGGUCAACUUUGGCGUUCUUUUGUAAUAAGGAAAAAAAGAAAGAAUAU